AUGUGGCUUAAGGCUAAGGGCUUUAAAGAGCUUGUGCGCAGCUGGUGGCAAGGAAUUGUUGUUAGGGGCAAUGCUAGUUACAAGUUGGCUACUAAGAUGAAGGAAAUCAAACAGAAGCUGAAAGUUUGGAAUAGAGAAGUCUUUGGUAAGCUGGAGUGCAACAAAUCUGUAGCCUUGCAGCAGGUGGAAUUCUGGGAUAAGGAGGAAAAUGAGGGAAUUCUGACAAUGGAGGAAACAGAGCUUAAGAAAGAGGCAAAAGAAAAUUACAGAAAAUGGGUGAUUAUGGAGGAAACUCACUGGAGACAGCUCUCAAGGGAAACAUGGCUGAAGGAGGGGGAUAGAAACACGGGGUUCUUUCAUCGCAUGGCAAGUGCUCACCGUAGAAAUAAUUCAUUGGAGAGAAUUAAGAUCAAUGGGGGAUGGUUUCUAGAGGAGCAGGAAAUUAGGGAAGGAAUUGCUAAUGCGUUUAAAUAUUUACUCUCAGAAGAUACGGGGUGGAAGGCAGAUAUUGGGAGACUUCAGCUUGAUCAGAUUAGCCAACAAGAGGCUGUGAAUUUGGAGAGGCCCUUUAUAAAGGAUGAAAUCCAUGUGGCUCUGAUGGAGAUGAAUGGGGAUAAAGCCCUUGGCCCGGAUGGCUUCACUUUGGCUUUUUGGUGUUGCAAAAAAUGGGUUUUGAGCCUAAGUGGGUGGGAUGGAUGUGGAGCUGCCUAUCCUCAGCUAAAUUUUCAGUGUUGGUUAAUGGAGUGCCUGUAG